GAUCCCGCCCGCAGCCGACGCCCGGGGCUUGCUGGCAGGUCGGAGUCCGAGGCAGGUGUCAAAAAGCCCAUAAUGUUUCAUUGAAUUUGCCUCUGUAUUUGCUUCAUCGAUGUCUGUCAUAUUGAAUAUCCUAAGAGAGAUGCUGGAAUAUUUUGGUGUUCCCAUAGAUCAGGCUUUGCAGAUUUGGGAAAAUAAAGACUAUGGAUCUACUCGGAGUAUUGUUCGUAUUAUUGGGAAAAUCCUUCCUUUAGCACCUUGCCCCAGGCCUACUUUUGAGUUGGUCCCAGUCUUAAAUUCUGUAGGGACGAGUAACUGUGGAUCUGUAGUCCCCUCUUUUGCUGAUAUUCUGUGUGUGGCAAAUGAAGAAGAAGCCAGUUGCCUCAGAUUUCGAAGUAGUAUAUGGAAAAAUGAAGAAGAGGAGAAAAUGGAGUUUUCCCAUUCUUUGCAAUUAGUUUGGGAUCCACUGUUACCUGCUCUAAGACAUAAAAAAACAAUGAAAAAUAAUCGCCCUUCAAGUGAUGCUGCAUUUAAAAAAAUAGCUGCUCUUGAAGAUGAACUAACUUCUCUUCGCUCUCAAAUUGCUACAAUUGUGGCAAUGCAGGAACUGAAAAGAAGUACAAAUUCUAACUCCUUUGACUUGAAUGAUGGACCUAUAUGUUUGGGACAAAGGCCGUCAUGGGAGACUGCUCAGCUGAGGGGUGAACCAGAUCUAUUUUCAAGUUCAUCGCCUCCCUCACCUCCUCCACCUCCACCACUGCCCCCUCAGUUACCUUCUCUACAGCCUCCCAGUUCUCUUCACCUAGAAUCUAAUAAUAUAUGUAAUUCAGAUAAUUCAGGGACUGAAAUGAAAAAACAACACCCAGGUGCUAGUAAGACCAAUUGUAGUCAUCGUUCAAAACACCAGAAAAGUAAAGAUGUUCCAAACAUGCUGGAUGUUCUAAAGGAUCUGAAUAAGGUGAAGCUUCGUGCGAUUGAGCGGUCACCUGGAGGUAGACCCAUUCAUAAGAGGAAAAGACAGAAUUCACCCUGGGAUCCAGUGGCUUUGAUAUCCCAUGCACUUAAGCAGAAAUUUGCAUUCCAAGAAGAUCAUUCCUUUGAGAAAGAAAACAGAUCAUGGGAGUCCUCCCCAUUUUCUAGUCCGGAAACUUCAAGGUUUGGACAUCGUACUUUUCAGUCAGGACAGUGAACUAAAAGAAGAACUGAGCAACACAAAAAGGUGCGAAUCGUGCGCUGCAUUGGCACCUACAAGGGAAGCUUGUAGAAGUAACUUGCAUGUCCUUCACUGUAAACCACACAGUUUCUGUUGAAUGAAGGUAGCCGAAGUCUGGACACUGGUGUAUUGUAGGGCAGAGGUCGUAAGAGCCCUGGCUCUUAACAAUACCUGUCUCUGGUUUUGGAAGACCGAGCAGUUAACAGUCUAUUGAUGAUGAUAGAGGUAUGGAAUUUUUUUUUCAUGUAUGUUAAUGUUAUUAAAAACUGUAUACAUUAUACCUCAAAUGGUUUUCUUUCUUUCUUUUUUUUUUAAUGGUUUCUUAAGGGCUAAAUAAUAAAUGAUAAUGUUUCUCAGAACAGUAGGGCUUCAUUAUAAGUAACAGACCAUUUUAAUGUGUUAAGAAAUUAAUGCAAACUAAGUCUAUAUUCUACUUAGCAAAUGAAAGUAUGUUUGGGUUUUAUAAACAAUGUAUUAAAGCAAUUAUGAUGUCCUAGUUUAAGAACCUUUGAAUCUUUUAAAAAUUGAUAGUGAUCUAGUAUGUUUGACUUCCAGGAACUUGAAAUUUUCAAAGACUAUAAAAUUAUGUUUUCAUUAAGAUUCUUAAAGUUUGAGUCAUAUAGGUUAAGCUUCCUAAAACCUGAGGCAGCAGUUAUUCUUGGAAACUAAAUUUAAUUGUUAAAUGCUAGUAGAAGUAUUUAAGGAAUCGUCUUGAUAAAAUUUGCCAACGCUUGCUAUAUAAAUAUAUAUGCUUAUCAUUUAAUUUCCUUUGUUUCUUAUUGCAUUUCUACUGUUUCUUUGUAAAUAAA